UGGUUUUAGUUACCGCGUAGCCGCAACUAUUUGGAUCAUUUAAUGGCGACUCCCAUCAUAGUUAUUUACGUGAAUGAAGAACCGUUUUUGUUUAUGUGGUCUGCUAUUUUAGUGAAGAGUAUUUUAGUUUAACCUAUCUGGACCACAAUUAUGAAUCCCGUACAUUAUUUAUUAGAGAAAAAGAAGCGAAACAGAACGUCAUUUAAGUCCUAUGUUGACGAUCCGUCUAUUGCCAGUAUUGGCAUUGCAGCCACAUCGAAUCUGUCACAAACACAGCCACAGGAACAGAUUGAAGAAUUGUACGAACCCAUUGGCAGCACUGGUAUUCCAGAUCCAAAACUUUUACCAGGAGAGAUAGAGAUUGCUAAGGCACACUGUGUGCUCAGGUUUAAUCCACUGGCUGGUCAUGCAGGAGGAAGUGGUUCUACUGGUGUACUGGUUAUCACAAAUUUCAAAGUCAGCUUUAUGACCGCAGGAUCAACAGAGCAACAUGCGACCUAUCAAGGACAGCAGAAUAACCUUGUUGGAAAUGAUGAUAUUGCACUCACAAACGUGGAAAGUGUUUUUCAAGUAACUGGUGGCAAGUUGCGCAGACUAGCUCCUGGAUCUAGUGUCUACAGCUCUGUCGAAGCAAUCCAGUUACAUUGCAAGGAUUUUCGCAUCGUUACCUUCAGCUUCAAGCUCUGUAGAAACAAAGAGAAUCAGUCAAGAGCUAUAGUGAACACAAUCCUGCACUAUGCAUUCCCAGCCCGAGUCGCGCUUCUGUUUGGCUUUGACUUUCGCAAGCGUAUUGCUCCAUUUACCUCCCUUCCACUCUACAGAGUUGCUACAGACUGGAGCAAGGAAUUAGCAAAUGUGCCCACGAAAGUUAAGUGGAGGGUUGCUUCAUGUAACGAAGCGUUUCGGAUAUCUGAAAGUCUCCCCGCACACUUUGUGGUUCCUGCCACUGUGUCAGACGACUUGCUCCGAUGUGUGGCAGCGAAUUUCAAUCAGAAACGAGUACUGGUAUGGUCAUGGACUAGUGCCAAGGAUAUCUCAUUGCUAAGAAUGUCUACACUACAGGUGGAAACACCUGAAUCAGAGAGUCAGCUAAACAGUAUCUUACGAGAAGUGAGAUCGACACAUCCGAAAAACAAACGUGCUCAAGUUCAUGAACUACACAGGUGCUGCCCCACAGUGAGGGAAAUACAAGACAGCUAUUAUAAACUUAGGGAACUGUGCAUGCCAGAAUCGGUGAAGCAGUUUUGGAGCCAAGAUGAACGAUGGCUUAGUAAUUUGGAGGCCAGUCAAUGGUUGACGUACGUGCGACAGUGUCUGAAGGCUGCCGUGCAUGUGUGUGAUGUGAUAAUCUCCAAGCAACUAUCUGUUGUCCUGCAAGAGCCGGGCGACAGAGAUCUGAACUGCAUCGUGAGCUGUCUCGUACAGCUGCUGCAGGAGCCACGCUUCAGGAGUCUGCAUGGCUUUCAGUGCCUCAUCCAGCGCGAGUGGGUCGUCAUGGGGCACCCGUUCUUCUCCCGACUCUGCCACCUACGCAACAUGGACGAGAGAAAGGGGCCCGUCUUCCUGCUCUUCCUCGACUGCGUGUGGCAGCUGACGCAGCAGUUUCCGGCGGCGUUCGAGUUCACCGAGACCUACCUGACGACGCUGUGGGACAGCACGCACCUCGGCCUCUUCGAGACGUUCCUCUUCGACUCGGAGGCGGACCGCCAGAGGGCGCUGCGCGAGCAGCAGGUCAAGCUGAUGUGCGUCUGGGACUGGCCGCGGCAGUUCGGCCGCGAGGACCUGUCGCUGUUCCGAAACCCGCUCUACGUCGCGCGCCGCGAGAUGGAGGUCGCGGCCGCCGCCGGCGGGACCCGGCAGGCGGCGCCGGCGGGCGGGCUCGACGCGUCAGCGUCGGCGGCGAGCGUGCGGCUCUGGCGGCAGUGCUACCUGCGCUGGGUGCCGCUCGCGAACAUCGUCGGCGGUGGCGCCCCCUCGAGCUACCUCCAACAAUGCAUCCUCGCCGGCGAGGCGAUUCAUCUGCGCGACCAGCUCGACGUGCUCACCCAGGUGGCGCCGGUGGCACGGCGCCAAGACGCCGACCUCUUCUUCGGCUGCGCGCAGCAGCACGGCGAUUCGUCGCCGGGCGCGGGAUUCACGUCGGCGUUUCCCUUCAACUCGAGCGUCGCGAUGAGCGUGAGCGGCAUGUCGGACCGCCAGGUGGCGCUGUCUACGCCGCCGCUCAGCGCGUUCGUGAAGCACAGCUCGCUCGCGAACAUCGAGCUGCUAGAGGACGACCUGCAGGACUGCGUCGCCGACAUGAGACUGUGAUGUCAUCGCCCCGCCCACCGACCCGCCCACUGACCCCUUCAACUGCCCGUUCUUCUCCCACCAAAUGGCCUGCCCACUUCUUGCCCGACCUGCCCACUGACCCCUUCAACUGCCUGUUCUUCUCCCACCAAAUGGCCCGCCCACUGCCUGCCCGACCCGCCCACCGACCCCUUUAACUGCCCAUUUUUCACCCAUUCAAUGGCCCACCCACUGCCUGCCUGACCCCCGCCUACCCAAUCACCAACCCAUCAGCCACUCGACUCUUCUACUAAGUGUGAUGACCACUCUGGUGUCGGCUACAAUGACUCCUUAGUUGUUACCCUUAUUUACAGGUUACCUUUGGCUUCUUCCAGCCAUAAAACUACUUGCUUCUUCCUGGGGUCGCUUCUGCCACCAUCACCCUCCUGUUGCACGCAGGAUCAUGGGCCUUGUCACGUUGUGUGAUGAAUGAAUGCAUCGAAGUAUAACUAUUUUUUAUGUGAAUAGUUUUGUUCACAAUGGUGUGUGCUGUUCGUGUGCGUGUGCAAUGCAGUAGUGAGGCAGAAGAACUUUAGUGUGGGGAUUUUUUGCUGUGAACCUUCUAGAUGUGAUCUUGAUAGUGAUGAGGAUGCGAAUGAUUGUGUCGUUAAUGUACAACGGGAAUUAGCUAGUUUCUGUGUCUAUAUAAAGAUGAUAUAACAUGAAAUAAUAUAAUAUAAAUAUUAUAAUAUAAAGAGCGGCCAAGUACUACGUUAAAUCCACAUGUCUUUUAUUACCUUUCUACAUAUAAUCUGUAUAAUUGCACAUUGGGGAAGCAAUUUUCGAUUUUUAGCAACAAAUGUUAUAUUUUUGAAUCAUGUAGAAUUACAUCCAACUGUAUAUAUUCCUGUUAAGAAUUUUAUACUGAGUACUGGAGACGUUAUGCUGCACAUUAUUUAUCGGGCACAAAUUAGACUGGUACUAAUUGGGCCAUUGCUAAUUAGACAACACCUAAUUAGACUGGAACUAAAUAGACCAGCUCUAAUUAGACUGGGUAAAAAUAGACCAGGUCUAAUUAGACCAGCACCAAUCAGUGGCACUAAUUUGAACAGUACUAAUUUGAUGCGGUUAACUGUAAUGAAUACAGGAUGUGGUCGUGAUUGGCGUCCCUGUAGUUUUAAUCGAAUGUUCGUUGUGAAUAGCUGUCGCGGGAUUGCGACAGAGGUAGUCGGUGACACUGGGGUCGAGUUGGGCAUUGCCUUGAUCUUCUCCCGGUAUGGCUUCCGAUUCAUCUAGUGUGUUUUGUACGGCAGCAGCCAUAGCAACAGCAGCUGCAGCAGCAGCAGCAGUAUCAGCAUCAGCAGCUGUUAAUCGUCAUCCACUCACGUCACGGCGGUCGGUUGCAGUGAUGCAGUGAAGCACUCUCACCCGCCACCUCUUCACUAUAGCUGACCCCCGCGUUGUCUGCUGCUUGAUGCCCCGUGCCUCACCAGCGAUGGGAGCAAUGUUGCAAUGUGCCACCGGCUGCUUACGUCACGCGCAUGCGCACGUUGCGCAACCGCCGCGACGCCAGUGUGAAUUAAGAGCGUAAUAUAAAUGCAAAUUGGAAUAUUACUCAUGCCGUGGUCUGCGUAUGCGCAGUGGCCCGCGGCGGCUGCGGCUGUUGUUGCGCGAGUGUGAGGGAAUGUUAUAGAAUGGAGCGCGCGUACGUGGCGAGAUCGCGCCUUGCUGCGCGAGUGUGCCCGCAAAAUAAAAUACGUGGAUUGAAAUUAUUAAA